GCUGCGACGUGCCACUCACUCUCGCUCCGACUGCUGAGCUGUAAGCAUCGCAGAGCAAUAAAUACUUCUCUACUACUUAACCUAUCGUGUCAGUGUCUUUGUCUCUCUCUCUCUACCUCUUCACCUGCACGCGGUACGAAGCAACCCCUUCUGACCAGCAAUCAGCCGUCAACCUGGCGACGGCCAAUGCUUCAAGCUUGAGACGCGUUUACAAAUCGUAUACUUGUACGACAGUCGAGGACGACGGUCGAUUGUGCAAAUUGUGCGGUAUACUUGGAGCAGGUUUGAAGCGCCAAUAUAGAAAUGGCUAAUCCACACGUCAACGUGAAUGGUGGUCGACUCAAAGGUUUUACCAUACGAGAUUUUGAGGGAAAAAAUUAUUACGCUUUUAGGGGAAUACCGUACGCCAAGCCACCUCUUGGUGAACUCAGAUUCAAGGACCCAGUACCAGCUGAAAAAUGGAUUGGUACCCGAGACGCUUUAAAUUUCGGUCCAAUGGCGGUUCAUUUUGACAUCUUCAAAAAAGCCAUCGUUGGCUCAGACGAUUGCCUCUAUAUAAAUGUCUACACAAAUGCCAUCGAUGACUCUGAAUUACGACCAGUUUUGGUAUGGAUUCAUGGAGGUGAUUUCAUUUUUGGAUCGGGUGAGGACGAUUUUUACGGAGCAGAUUAUUUCAUGAGGAAAGAUGUGGUCCUCGUAACGUUCAAUUACAGACUCGGAGUCCUAGGUUUUUUGAAUUUGGAGGAUGAAAUUGCACCGGGUAAUCAGGGGUUGAAGGACCAAGUAAUGGCUCUCGAGUGGGUGCGAGACAACAUCUCGAAUUUUGGCGGAGACCCCGAUAAUGUAACAAUUUUCGGCGAAAGCGCUGGUGGAGCUUCUGUGCAUUAUUUGACUCUCUCACCUUUGGCCAGAGGUCUGUUCCACAAGGCCAUUUCUCAGAGUGGAGUGGUACUGAAUCCUUGGGCAGCGGUACCCGAAAAUCCGAAAAGCUACGCCUACAAAUUGUGCAAAAUGUUGGGCAAAGAAACCAAAAAUUCCAAGGAGAUCGUCGAAUUUUUACGCACCAUACCCUACACCGAACUGAUGAUAGCACAACAGAAAAUGGCCGAGGCAAAUCUAGAUGAUAAUCUGCUCAAUCCGUUUGGACCUGGCAUUGACGCGAAAUCAUCCAAGCCUUUUCUGCCGAUCGAACGCGAGAUAGCCGCAAAACAGGGAGCUCACGUACCGUACAUGAUUGGCCAUAACGAUCGCGAAGGAACCAUGUUAUUGAAAAUGUUUGGAGCUCAUGCUUAUGAGAAUAUCAAUAAGAAAUUUGAAAAAACCUUGCACCCAUUUACUCGGCGCACAUUCGAACAUUUAUAUAAUUUAACGCCACUGGAGCUGAAACAAAUAUACUUCCAUGGCGAAGAAGUAUCCAAAGGAAAAGAGGCCAAUUUCAUAAAAUUUGUCAGCGACAUGAAUUUCAUUCAUGGUAUUCACCAAGUCAUUAAGGCUCAAGUCGAAAGCAACUCCUCAUCAACGUACAUGUACGUUUUCACUUACGACGAGGAAUAUUCUUACGUUCGUUCGCUAUGUAAUACGGAUGAACCAGGUGCUUCACACAUGGAUGAGCUCCGUUAUCUAUUUAAUGCUAGGCCUACGGAAAUUUUUAAAAUAAAAGCCAUCGAGAAAUCGACAGUUUCGUAUAAAAUGAUGGAGACGAUGAUAGAAUUGUGGACUAACUUUGCCAAAACUGGGUAUGAAAAUAACUCAAAUGUCAAAAAGGAGUCAACUUUAUACAAUCAAGAAUGUACAUUUUUCAGAAAACCAACUAAAAUGCCUAACGAUUUGAUAUCACUGCAUUGGUUACCAGUGACAAAUGGAAAAGUUUUACGUUAUUUGAACAUUGGUAAAAAUUUGCGAAUGGAAAAAAUGCUCAAUAUAGAAGAGAAAUUUAAUUAGAAUCUGAUUCCAAUGAUUCAAUGUUUUAAAGUGAUUUUUUUCUAAUUUUACUUAUCAUGUAUAAUAUAUAAAUAAAGGGAAUAUGAAGAAAUA